UGAACUCAGUACGGUCAGUGUGGGCUUUCCCUGUCCUUGGAGCUAUCUCCGAUGCAAAAUCAGUCAAGCCUCACAUACACAUCCCUUAUUUUCUGCACAAGCCCCCCUACAGUACUGAUAAAGAAAUAACACAAGGUUUUGUCUCCUCUACCUCCAUUUUUACACCAAAACCUCUUUCAGUUGUCUAUUUCCAUCCUUCCCCAGAUUCACUUUUCACCUAUGGUUGGUUGUCUCUAGCUUCUUGUUAUAGUUAGGUGGUGGCUGCUCACCUUCUUUUUUGUUCUGUCAGGACUCUCUUUCUCUUGGCCAUUCUAUAUUGCCCCCAUGACAAAAAUGUCAAAAAGGGUUCCCAUUUUUCGACUAAAGCACCCAUUAUAAGAUGUAACCCCCAGAAUAUAUAGAACCUAACACAAACCAAAUCUCUCCCCAUCUUUUACAGUUCUCUAUAUUACUCCCUAGUCACACCAAGUUCAACCACAUUUCUCUGGGCUUUCUUCUUCUACUUGUGCUCUGUCUUAAUUUCCCAAAUGAGGACAAUCAUGGCAGCCAAGACCCCUCAUGACUCGUCCUUCUCAUUUUCUAGAAGGUACUUCUGGAAAAAGAAGGUCGACGAUGAUGAAGACGACGACCACGAAGUCCUCAACUUCAGUUCCUACUCACAUUUCUCCGAGCAAGAGAAAGAAGAGGAGCUAGUCCGAAACAUACAUAUGUCAACAACAAGCGAUCAUCAAAUUGCAUCAGUCCUGCCUGAAGUGCCACGGAAGAAACACUCACUGGUCUCAGUCUCUAAGCUCCGGUCAGCUCUUACGCUAUUCGGCAAGAGCCGUUCUGGCUCUCGCUCCGGUUUAAUGGGUACUCUUUUCGGGUAUCGCCGCGGGCAUGUUCACUUGGCAUUUCAGGCGGAUCCCAAGUUGAACCCUACGUUUCUCAUCGAGCUGGCUACGCCAACUAGUGUUCUGGUUCGAGAAAUGGCUUCGGGGUUGGUCAGGAUUGCGUUGGAGUGUGAGAAGAAGACUGAUCCUAAGAAGAAGGGGUUGAAGUUGCUGGAGGAGCCGCUGUGGAGGACUUACUGCAAUGGCAAGAAGUGCGGUUUCGCUAUGAGGCGAGAUUGUGGUCCAGAGGAGUGGAAGGUGCUGAAAGCUCUGGAGCCAGUUUCAAUGGGGGCUGGGGUUUUACCUGGGAAUGAAGAUGGAGCUGGAUCUGAAGGUGAGCUCAUGUAUAUGAGAGCGAAGUUUGAGAGAGUUGUGGGGUCUAAGGACUCAGAGGCCUUCUACAUGAUGAACCCUGAUGGUUCUGGUGGUCCUGAACUCAGUGUUUACUUGCUUAGAGUCUAGUUUGGCUAUGAACUAUGAAGAGCAACAACAUCAUCCACUCUACUUGUUAAGUCAUAUGGAGCACUGAAAAGUUGGUAGUUCAGUUUACCCUUGAUUGUGUCCCUCUUUUAAUUUUGUUCAUUUGGAGCUAACGCUAUGGGGUUUGAGACUUGUAUCAUGCUUCAAAUUUUGGAUUGUGGAGGGUUUAGACAUGGGGGUUCUAUCUAGGUAGGCAGUGGGGUAAUUUAUGUAUAGGUUUUCUUCCUCAUUUUCUAGCUAAAAUGUGGAGAAUGUUGGAUACUUAUUGUGAGAAGGGUUAUUAUCACAAAUGGUACCUGAACUUAUCUUCUA